AAGAUGGCGGAUGCCGAAGAACUUUGCCAAGAUGGGUAUCGUUUUGCAACCCAGGCGAUAGCAUGCGACCAGAAAGGCAGCAUAGAAUCUGCUAUUUUCUUUUAUAUUGAAGCUGCUAGCUCCCUGGAAAGGGCUUUAUCCUAUAACAACACGUUAGACGUAAGAGAUAAGGCGCUUCAGUAUGUGCAGAGAGCCGAAGUUCUACGUCUACAAGCUAAAAGUCAGCAGCAGUACCAUGGCCCAUUAAAGACAUCACAACAGAAUAACUUGGAGAAGGCUGAGUUUCUUCUAAAACAAGGUCUGUGUGAAGAUGAGAAAGACAAGCAUACAGAGGCUCUUCCUUUAUACACAGAUGCAGUUCAACUGUGCCUUGAUAUUAGUAAAUCUUUGCCUGAUAGUGAUCCCCUAAAAGCACAAUUCAAUAAUCUUGCCAAGAAAGCUCUGGAAAGAGCUGAAGACAUCAAACGGAUGCAGUCAACUGGAAACAAAUAUGUUGGGACAGGUAGCAAUGAGGGAACUUCAAUCACUAGAGCUGUAGCAGGUUUGAACUUUACAGAGAACAAUUCCACAUCUCAGGGGAAACCAGACAAAGGAAAACCCAAGUACACUCCAGAAGAAAUAGCUGUGUUAAGGGUAACGUCCAAGAUAAAUGGAAAAAUGUAUGUUCCUUGGAAUGAUAUUGACCUGAAAGAGCGCUUUGCUUAUCCUGUCUGUUUCACGGACAAGGAUGGUCCUCUUGCACUUUCUCCUAAGCAAAGAAGUAAUUUUGAACAGUGGGUCAGACCUACUGACAUAUAUGAGGACCCAGAAAUGAUUUAUGCCAUCUCAAGCUUUAGUGUUAAGCAGACAGUUGUGUCGGACUGUUCUUUCAUAUCAUCUUUAGCCAUCAGUGCUGCGUAUGAGAGAGAUUUCAAAAAGAGACUUGUUACGAGCAUCAUAUAUCCACAGAAUAGAGAUGGCUUACCAAUGAUCAACCCUUCAGGGAAAUACAUGAUAAAACUUUGGCUAAAUGGGACUGCACGUAAAGUUAUAAUAGAUGAUACUUUGCCCAUGGGGAAAGAUGGUACUCUCCAGUGUGCACAUUCAACCAACAGAAAUGAAAUGUGGGUUAGCCUAAUUGAGAAGGCCUACAUGAAGGUCAUGGGUGGUUAUGACUUCCCAGGAUCGAAUUCGAGCAUCGACCUCCAUGCCCUUACUGGCUGGAUACCAGAGCGCAUGUCCAUUAAAAAAAACAGCUCUGAGUUCAACGAAGCUCUUCAGUUUGAUAGGCUGAUGAAGGGUCUACGUCAUGGUGAUUGUUUGAUCACGGUUGCCACGGGUAACAUGAGUGACAUUGAAGCUGAUCGUGCUGGACUGGUACCAACGCAUGCUUAUGCUGUCCUUGACAUGCGCAAAGUGAUGGGACAUCGACUUCUGCUGUUAAAAAAUCCUUGGAGUCAUCUAAGAUGGAAGGGAAAAUUCUCUGAAAGAGACGAAAGUAGCUGGACGCCUGAACUACAACGUGCCCUGAACUACGACAGGAAGAGUGCGUUGCAGCAUGACAAUGGCGUGUUUUGGAUAGCAUGGGAGACUCUCCUUCAUUUUUAUGAAGUCAUUUACAUGAACUGGAACCCGAAGCUCUUUGCUCAUCGAUUUACAUUCCAUAGUAAAUGGGAAGCAAAGGAAGGCCCGGUAAAAGAUGCGUAUAACAUUGGUGACAAUCCUCAGUACAGGCUGGAAGUAAACUCUGGGGCGCAGUCUGCAGUAGUAUGGAUUCUACUGACCAGACACAUUACCAAAAAGGAAGACUUUGCUGAGAACAAGGAGUUUAUAACUGUACAUGUCUACAAAACAGAUGGAAAAAGAGUUUACUAUCCAGAUAAUCCAUACCAAGAAGGAACAAAAAUCAACAGCCCAUUUUAUUUGUCAAAGUUGAACGUUCCUGCUGGGAAGCAACGCUUCACGCUGAUCGUCUCACAAUACGAAAAAACUAACACAAUAUACUACACGCUGAAGGUAUUUUCAUCUUCUGAAUUUCGUCUUUCGCCCGUGGUUGAUCCCUACAAGCACGAGAAAACGGUCAAGGACAGUUGGACGGCCAAGACAGCAGGUGGUUGUCCAAACUAUCCCACCUUCAGUAGCAACCCUGUGUACAGUCUGGAACUCAAAUCGCCUGUCACCUCAAAUCCUGCUGAAGUCUUUAUCAAAAUGCUUGCUCCAAAGCAAUUUUCUAUUGGGGUCAUGUUACGAUCUGUGGAUAGAACACCUUCAGGAAAACCCACAUAUGAAGCACCCUUUGAGAGCUACAGGCCUGGAUUCUUCGUAAUGCAGUUGUCAGGUGUGCCUGCAGGCUCAUAUCAGUUGAUCCCUUCUACAUUCUUACCUAAGCAAGAAGGACCUUACUUUUUGACUGUGGCUGCCAGUUGCAACUUCUCACUCACUAGAUUAUGACCACAGUUCAAAUGAAACAUCAGUCGGAAAAAUAAGAGCAGUAGGGGUCGGCGGGUUCUGGGACAUUUUGGAUAGAUCACAUUUUUCUUGUCUGUCUGUCCGUUUGUCAUUCUGUCCAAAUUAUUUAAGAACUUCUAUAAUUUGGACAGACAGACAAACGGACAGACAGACAAGAAAAAUGUAAUCUAUCCAAAAUGUCCCCGAACCGGCCGAUCCCUACUACUAUAAGAAAAAACACAUUUUUCCGCUUGAAAAGAAUUCGCACAGUCUGAGCACUAGCUUUGUCUUUAUUUUGAUAUUUUCACUCGCACACGUCAAUAAUAUUCAUUCGGAGAAACUGCUUGAUGAAAAAAAGCAUGUAAACAUUUCGAGGUCGAGGAAAAACAAUUGCAGUGCAUUGUGGGGCAUAUUUUCAAGAUGGUGGCUCUAUUUCGUUCCAUAAAACAGUCCCAAAAUGCACUGCAAUGCCAACUCGACCCAGUUUUUUCUCUCGACCCUGAAAUGGCUAAUUCCACUCGUGGUUCAUAGAAUCAUUACGUAACAAACGUCGCAAAUGCCGACGUCACAACAAGGCUUACAUUCCAAGUGAAAUGAAACUGGAACUGAAAUAAUGAAAAAAUUAAAUAUUGGAAAAUAGUUAGGUUUAAAUAGGGUUAAGUAUUGUAUAUUUUGUAUAAGUUAUUUUUAAUGCGGUACCACGUUAAAAAAUUACAAAAAGUCACGUGAUUGAUAGUAAGCAAUUGGCAAUGUACCAUUUCCYCGCCAAUACGUAUACAGGCGUACGCGUUUCGUGUUUCCCGCCAUAUGCACAGAAAUCCUGCAUUAAAAGAAAUUUCGUUGCGGAGAGACGAGAUACAAGACAGGCAA